GUGACCCCACCGGCAUUGCAGUACCUUACCUCAAGAGAGAGUGGGCGCCAUACGCAAUGUUUGGGUGUCUGCCCGUCAGCCGACUCGCAGAACGUGGAUGGAUAUGCGCAGACAAUUGAUAUACUAUGCGCGGUGGUGCCAUCUUAAGCCAUCAUUUAGUUAUAGAAAUAAUUACUUCUGCUUAUUUUUUAUUUGUUGAAAAUUUUGAAUUGGAAAAUUGAAAAUCGUUAUGCAGGGAACAUUGUCUUAUAUCUAGAACAUCAGCUCGUAAUAUAUUAUUUAAUUAAAUAAAAUGUUUGGCAAAGAAGCAUUAAAAUUAAUAAAUGAAUUGGAUUUAUCGGAAGAGAUAAAAAGUUUUAAUGAGGCGGUUUUUCGUCAAGUACUGAAUGAAAUGCAAACUCUAUACGAAGCUAAUUGGGAAGAUGUAAAUGCAACUCUAGCAGACCAUUCGGCAGCAUCUCGCUAUACAUCAGUACAGCUAAGACAUGCAGCAUUGAAUCGGAACAAACGAUGUCUUUUAGCAUAUGUCUAUAAUCGAAUGCAGAGAAUAAGGAAAAUGAGAUGGGAAUUCGGUAGUAUAUUACCUCCCGAAAUUAACAGUAGCCUGAUGCCCCUAGAGACUCAGUGGUUUCAAGCCUAUAGUAAAUCUUUGGCUAAUUAUAUGAAAUCUAUUGGAGAUAAUUAUGGAUUAAAUUUGACAAUGGAUUUAAUCCCUCCAAAAUCUCUGUACAUUGAGGUCAGGUGUUUAGUAGAUCAUGGAAAAUUAGAAUUAGAAGAUGGCCAGAUUAUCAGUUUAACGAAGAAUACCCAUCAUUUGUUACCCAGGGCUCAGUGUGAAGCACUCGUAAGGCAAGGAAUUCUCGAGCAUAUUAGUACUUAGAAUCAAACUUCUGCAUCUUAAAAGUUGCCAGUUCAGAGACCAACUGUAUUAAAAGAAGAUGAAAAAAAAAAAAAAAAA